CUGACAAAUUCAUGAUUCCAUCACUUGCAAAUAAGCUUGGGAAUUCCUUGGUUAAAGCAAGCAAACUCUUAAAAGCGCGAGGCUUAAUCUCAAAUGACAAGCAGCUUGUGAAGAACACCACUGAGUUUCAAGAGGUCCAUGCAAGUAAGUGGAAUGAGGUGAUCUCGGCUACUGCAUUGAGGAAUAUCAGGGAGGCAAAGUGGAAUGUGCCCACUCUCAUGCCUUUUACUGAAGACGUGCAAAAAAUGCAUACUUUUCUUAGUCAAGCACAAGAUGAGUGGUUCAACCUGCUGUCUGAAAGUCCCUCUACUAGAUCAUGGGUUGAGCUGGCAAAGGUGUGUCUUGCCCAGAUGAUUCUCUUUAACCGGCGCAGAGAAGGAGAGGUAGCAAGCAUGCCUUUGUCUGUGUUUUUAUCAAGAGACAUAUCUGAUCCUCAUGAGGACGUGGACUGGGCACUCUCUGAAGUGGAGAAAAAACUCUGCAGACACUUCACAAGGGUUAUCACCAGGGGAAAGCGUGGUCGACCGGUUCCAAUUCUUCUGACUCCCAAAAUGUUGAGCUCCUUAGAACUCCUUGUUGAGCAGAGAGAGGCUUGUGGUGUUUUAAAAGACAAUGCCUAUAUGUUUGCUAGACCAGAAGCCAUGACACAUUUCCGUGGGUCAGACUGUCUCCGUGGCUUUGCAAAGCAGUGUGGUGCAAAGUGUCCCAAGGCACUGACAUCUACGAGGCUGCGAAAGCAUGCUGCUACUCUUUCAACUGUGCUGAAUAUGACGGACACCGAGAUGGACCAGCUGGCUAACUUCCUUGGGCAUGAUAUAAGAAUUCAUCGUGAGUUCUAUCGACUUCCAGAGAAGACCCUGCAACUUGCCAAGAUCAGCAAGAUUUUAAUGGCUCUUGAGCAAGGAAGAUUAGCAGAGUUCCAUGGCAAGAACUUGGAUGAAAUGGGGAUAGAUCCUGAUGAAAAAGUGGAAAUUGACUGUGAAGAUGAGGAAGAUGACAUUGAGGAAGGACACUGUUCAACUAUUGUAGUCGAAACUUCAGAAGAUGUGGCCCUUCCUUCUGCCGAAAUGAAUUUGUCACCAUCACCCAAAAGAAGCACUCCGUCAGAUCAGCGAAUGUCUUCUGGAGCCAGCGCUAUGAGGCUGCCUUGCAAGGGUAAAACUACCAAAAAGAAGAGUCAGAAGAGUCCUUGGCAGCAGCCUGAGGUGCAGGCAGUGGAAAGGCACUUGAAGCCGUUUAUUUUAUCUGGCACUGUCCCAGCAAAAAGGGAUUGUGAAAAAUGUCUGAGAGCUGAACCUGAAGCUUUGAAGAACCGCGAUUGGAAGACAGUAAAAUUUUACAUAUAUAAUCGCAUCACAGCAUACAAAAAAAAAUUGGAGAGUAAACAAUAGUAUAAAUAUAAUCGUUCAUGCCAGGAAGUAUGUUUAAGAGUUAACAAAAAUAGAAUAACUUUGUUUGACCAUUUCAGCUUGUGGUUUUCAAAAACAUGCUGCAAAAGUUUCCAAUAGUGUGUCAUGUACAAGCCAAAGAGCGUUGGUCUGUGUUUCAAAGAUGUAUUUGUUCAUUCACAUCUGUAAAAGGAAGUAUGUGUUAAAGAUAUUAAAGGGAUGGUUCACUCCAAUUUUAAAUUUGUCAUUAUUCCUCCUAGUGUUUUUAAACCCUUGAUACCAUCCAUCUUCAGAGCACAAAUGAAAAUAUUUUAGAU